AUGGAAAGUACAAGUGUAUCGACAGUUGCGACGGACAACAUUAUCAAUUCCACUGACUCACCGGAAAACGUACAAGAGAAAAGAACAACACAAAGCACAGAAAGCUUACCGGAAACAGAUGAAGCCAAGGAACCGGUAGACGAAUCCAAACAACCUGAACGCAGUGAGGAUAUCUCUUCAGGACAACGCGAAUCUGUUCAUCAGACCGUCGAUGAAUCAAACGAAAAACCGGCCAAUGAACAGGACGAAGACGAGGAUGAAGAAAAGCUCCAACAACGAUUACAAACUCUGAAGGGAGAUAGAAUCGGUGAAACGAUGUACUCCGAGCGCUUUGUACUGUCGACCAUCUUGAAGCUAUCGAAGCAAGAAAACAAGUUGCUCAAGGACGACGAAGAAUUUGAGCAUGAUCUCUGCAAUUUAUGGGACAUGACCAUAGAGCCUGAUGUUGUGCGGUUUCUUCUGCAACAAGACGUUACCGAGCUCUUCCUAGCUUUGGCCGCCAACUCGAAAGACGACCGGUUGAUCGAAAUCCUUUUUGGCAUCUUCGGAAACAUGUGCUGUGUCGAAGAGAUGCACGAUUUGCUGAAAGAGAAAAAUAAUAUCCUUGUGGAACUUUGCGAUUUUCUAGCUAUCACCGACGCAUUAGCACUGGUUCAAUUAAUGCGCACUUUCACGACCCUUUUCGACCGGUCUGAUGAUGAGCGGUACCACUGGUUUGGCGUCAUAAAGCAAGUGGACAAUCUAACGGAGAAAAUCGCUCUCAUCCUUGCUACCAGUACUAGUCGAGAGUUAUUACAGCACACGGUCGAAACGGUUAACGCCAUGAUAAACCGCUUUACCGAGGCAGAAGUAAAUUACGAACAAUUGAACGAGUUUUAUCGUCUGUUUGCCAAAAGUUGCCUAAUGGAAGGACUUUUUGAGGCUUUCUGGCAACUCUAUCCGAUGCCUGCGAAGGAUGCAAUGGAUAUUUCAAGUGGUGACGAUUUCGAUGAAGAUACACUUACGCUGAAGGACAUUAGAACUAUGCGUCGCUUCCUAGAGAUUCACGAGCACUUCAUGGUGAACGCGAACGAGCUUUAUGAAACCUACGUUAACGAGGUCGAUCAAUGCGUUCAACGGGUCCUUUCGUCGUUCGUACGCAAAAACGUGCUCCUUCCGGUGACCAGAAACCAUGUCACGAUCUUCGUGGCGAUCAACAAAAUUUUCAGCGGUAUUAUGUACCACUUUCGGCCUGAUACGUUCAUCAACGUGGUGCGCAUUUACGAUCUUCUGGCGGAAGCCAUGGACCAUCCAACACAGGAAGAUCAAUCCCCGGUGCACGAUGCUGCUGACGAUCGUGGUGUCUUCGACCUAGAAACAGCUUGUGAAGAAGUGCGAGAGAUAAUCUUUUAUCUGGUCGCACCAAUCAACGAGAAAAUCAUCCGUGCCGCUAUCCAGGCGGGGCAGCUCAAGGAGUCAUCAUUUGAGCGGCUCUGUCGUGAGCUACGUGAAACGAUGGACGGAGAGCCUCUGCUCUACCAGACGUGUGCGAAACUGAUGAAAGCCAUUCAUUCGACGGAUGAAAAUGAUGAUUUGCCGCAUCGUUCCGACGAUCUAGCGACUCGGGAGUAA